ACCUUGAACCCCUCCUUGUUAUUCAUAAAUUGACCGUAUUCAGCGCUAGGCCAAGUUAUGACUUUCUUUAACCAUGCUUAUUCAUCCUGCACUUGGUAUAUGAGUGUUUUUCUGAAAUUGGGAUAUUUUUUUAUCAGCUUCUUCUUGAAAUGUGAAUUUUGUGUUGCUGUUACAAUGAACAGUUUGAAAGAAAAAUAAAAACAAAGAAAAUGGAUGACGAGGAUAAGCCGUCUAAAAUCACCGUCAUUGUCCGGUGUGUCGUCAUAGUAAUUGCCGCAGUUGUCUGUAUCGUUGGUAACGGCAUGGUAUUAGGAACACUUGUUUUUGUGAAAUACCCUAAAAUCCCGUUAUUUGUGGUCAUUGGCUGCUUAGCUCUUGCAGACAUUCUGCGCAUGGUGUCGGAGGUUCCAUUUUACGUCAUUCAGUGGACUGAUAAUGGCGAUUUAGUCACCACGGAAUAUUGUAAAGUUAGUGUGUAUGUGAGCGAAGUGAGUAUAUUUGUGGCAGCUUUCGGGAUAGCCUUGUUGAGUAUAUCACGUCUUCUACUCCUCACCGACAGGGGACAUUCUAGGAAGUUUGUCAAUCUUACGUACGUAGUCUGUAUAGCGCUCUGGAUCCUCACAUUUCUUGCAAAUAUUCCAAACAUCUUCUCAUCGAAAAAAGACGAACUAACGCAAAACUGCGUCGAAGCAAAUUCGGACAUCGGCGUGAGCGAGGAGGUGAAACUAUGGCUGUAUGUGACCUUUUCGUUCUUUUUCCAGCUGUUGUUGAUAUCUUUUAUGUACCUCCUCACGUUCUUUUGGUCCAAAAAGUACUUCACCGAGAGUUACUCGAGGAAAGAACGGCGCUUGUCCAUGAUGGUCAAUAUCCUGAUAGUGACUUUUGCGGUGUUUAAGUUUCCCUUGAUCGUUGUGAAGCUCUAUGAAUUUUACAAGAGCAGAAAAGUCAAGGAUUUGAUUGACAGGUUUAACAAUGGUGAAGUGACUUACGAGGAAUUUGAAAAGCAUCAUGACAUUCAAAGCUUUGUCCAAGUGGACGAGGUUACGAGAAUUACAGAAUGUGUGUCGCUUAUAGACUUGGCCAUUCGGCCAUUCAUUUAUUACAAACUCUCCUACUAUUUCAGUAAUAGCUUUGAUAAAGUGAUCAAUUGUAACAAGUACAAUCAUAAUAAUGAUAUUAGGAUAGUAGCGCGCAGGCGUCGUAAUGACACGGAGAAUACAACGUGUACAACGGUUACUAUAGAUACUGCCCGAACACCGCUCAAUGACGAUGUUAGCGAGGGCGGGAGUUCGGACAACGCCAGCAUUAAUAGAAGUCAAUUCGAUGGCAGCAUUACGGAAUACCGCUUCGACGGCAGCGUGUUAAACGACGAACUUUAUGACGGUAGCAGUUUUUGUGAUGAAAGACUAUACGACCUAGACACAGAAAAAAGGAAAUUCGGUGGUAGCUUUUGUAAGAAUGACGUAAGAGUGCAAGAAACCAAUUUUCUGUGCAACGACUUUGAAGACGUAAGACAAGUCCACAGUGCUCUAGUUUUAUGUAUGAAUAGACAAGGCGGGACCCAGAAUUGUGGUAGUGCCUCUGAUGAUUUUCAAACAGAUUCAGGAUCCGCCACAACGGAAAAAGUUGUUUUUGAGUUUUGAAAAAAAAAACAUCGAUGAAAUAGUAUUCCUUGCUACAUGUUGCUAGAGAAAAUUGCAUUGUGCAUUUAAUUUUAUAUAUAGAAACAAGAUAUUUAUGCCAAAAUUCUUUCAUUUUCAGCUAUAGAUUUUAUGGGUAUGUAGUUGUCAAUGGAAGUAGUUUGUAUUGUAAAUACAUGUAGGAGGUAUAGUCAAAAGGUUAGAUUGAUGUGGACUAUAGAUAGUAGAAGUAGGUAUAAUAAGGCACCAUGAUGUCGAAAACGGUUAUGUGUUGAUGGGAUUUAUAUUGUUCAAUUAUAUAAUUUAUAGUUCACUAUUACUGCCUCUGCAAUGGUAUCUUUGUAUAUUGUAAAAUAAAAAUACAAAUGUCAAAAAGUUAGAAUUUACAGAAUUGGAAAAAAAAAUCCUGAGGUAUUGUUGAAUUUUACUUCUUUGAAUAAUUGAGUGCUGUGGACAAUUCAUUGAACUAUAAAGAUCUACAUGCCAUUUACCAAAUACAACAAACUCUUGGAUA